UUUAUCUGUUUUUGCGUUGAUGUAGCUAACUGCGCUUACUUUGUAUUCUGAUGUUCAGUAGUAAUAAUAAUAAUAAAUAACUAGUAGCUAUCUAUCUGUAACUAUAUAUAUGUCUACACUUCUUGUUUUAUAACUAGCUAGCUCUAGACAAUCUCUUGGUCAGUUGCUAAUAUUAAUUUGAGCAUAAGUAGCAUGUAGUUACAUACAAGCACAUCUGGACUGAGAGUUAACUAGUUAAAACUAAUUGAAGCCAUAAAAGUUUCUUGCCAAAAUGUAUUUUUCAAAUAUUUUUUUCUGAUACAAAACAUGUAUGCACGAAUUAAAGGAAAGGCAGUCAUUGCCCCAUUUUUUAAAUAACCUCUCAGAUGAAGAUAUCGUCACACUCCGUUGUAAGUAUGUUAUCAGAAAACCAAAUAUGGACUCAAGGAUUCAAAGUCAUAGGCUUAAACAUCAAAACAAACCCCACGUGCACGCGGGAAAAUCAUAUCAUCAAAGAAAUUGAGUUAGUACAUAUUUGAAGCUAGUCCAUUUUUUGAAAUAUUAAAAAUUAUAUAUAAAACGUUUAUUUACUUUGUGCUGGGUGCUUGUUCUCGGCUAAACUAUUUGUUGUAGUUAGUUUGUGGUAGAAUUAGUUAUGGAAACAGAAAAAACAGGUGAGAAAAACUGUAUUUUCUUUGGUUGUCUCGCCAAAUGUUUUAUCUUUUUUUCAAUGAGUGUUUUCUUGUUUGUAGAAGAAUCAAGUUCGAACGUUAUCGGGGAGAAGCUUUUAUACAAAGCCAUUAUAAGGGAAACUAGGGAAGAAUUAGUUGACAGUUCUUCGGAAGAUGAAUGCAACACUGAGCUAGAUAAAAUAUUUUCAGAUGUUGAAAAAGAAGUUUCUAAGCAAACUAAAAGAUACAAGCGCAGAAGAGAAAAGAAGCUUCAAGCACUUCAAGAUGAAGUUAUAAUUACCCAUGAUAAAAGAUCGGAUUCACCUGCCAAAAAGCAAAGUGAUGGAAUUAAUACGGAAUUCCCUGAAAAGGUCAUCACAGAAAAUGUAACCACCUUUCAAUGUAAUGAAUGCGACGCAAACUAUACACGCUAA